UCGAGUAAGCGCCCCAUCGAAUCUGGCGAACUUGCACCGCGACUGAUCGGAAUACAGUUUCAGACUCGACCCGACCGUGCGACACACCACGUGGAACUUGCUACUCUCCGGCGCGUGCAUGAGCCUGCACAUACACGGUGUCAGCCAGGUCCAGGUGCAGCGUUUCCUCACUGCCAAGAGCAUGAAGACAGCAACCUACUCCCUGAUAGUCUGCGCGAUCCUGAUCACCGUGAUGAUGAGCUUGACAUCGAUCUGCGGCGUGAUCCUGUUCGUGGUGUACGAGGACUGCGACCCGGUCACGUCCGGCAAGAUCUCGACCUUCGACAAGAUCGUGCCAUACUUCGCCGUGGACAAAAUGGUCGCCUACCCCGGCACCACCGGUCUUCUGAUCGCCGGGAUUUUCAGCGCCACCUUGAGCACCAUAUCCGCCACAAUCAAUUCCCUGGCGGUAAUCACGUUGGAGGACUACCUGAAGCCGUUGUACCGCAAGUUCGGCCUCGAGCUGCCCAGCGAAAGAGCGACGCUGAUCGGCAAAGUGCUGGCGCUAAGCUACGGAGCGAUAUCCAUUGGCUUCGCCUUCGUCUGCAAAGCCAUGGGCUCCGGGUUAAUUACGUUGGUACUUGCGCUGAUGGGAUUAGUGGGUGGACCGGUCAUCGGCGUCUUCACUCUGGGAAUGUUCACCGAAGCUGCGAACGAGAUCGGCACCAUCCUCGGACAGAUUUUCGCGUUCAUUCCCGUCUUCGUGUUAUCCAGCGGCGCCUCGAACCACGUGAUGAACCUGCCGUUGCAUUUGGACGGCUGCGACAAUAGCAGUAUGACGAAUUAUACGGAGACGACCACGAUGUCCUGGGUGCAACCACCAGAGGAUCCCGAGCUGCCCUACCUGUACCGCAUUUCGUACACACUAUACCUUCCCAUCGGUACGAUGUCGACCGUGCUCGUGGGCUACACCAUAAGUCUGAUUAUCAACAAGUUCUUCCCGAAGUACUCGCGUGAGCCAGAUCCUGAUUUACUCAUUCCCUUCCUAGCGAAGAAGAUCAAACGGAGAAAGGAGGACGUCAGCAAGACUACCAAUAGCCAACUGUUCAUACUGCAGUAUAGAGAACCUAACGAGAAUCAUGAUAAAGGAUCUUAGAACAAUGUUAA